AUUUGAAAAUAAAAGAAAAAAUACAAAAAAAAAAAAAAAAGAGGAAAAUAAAAAAUAAAACGACAACCUACCAAAUGGACAAGUUGAGCAAAGCCAAAAAGGCGGAAAUGUGCAAUACAUUUGCCAUAUUGGACGUGGACGGAAGUGGACUCCUGACCGCCAGCGAGUUGCGCGGAAUGAUGCGCGUAUUUGGCUAUGAGAACAGCGAGGAGGAUGUGCAGCGCAUGAUUGACGCCGUGGACACCGAUGGAACGGGCAAAAUGGACUGUGCCAAGUUCUGUGCAGCCUUGCUAUGGAAUCUGAAGCCCGAGGAGAAGCUGUGCGAUGUGUGCAAGCAGCCAAAGGGCGACGGAGUCGAUAAUCCCAAUGGCUCAUAGUUUGAAUUCAAAUGAAAUUGUUAUUUAGUUAAGAGUUAGGCUCUCCCCCAAAUAGUUAUCGUUUAUUCUUGUUAUGUAAUUAUGCCCCACAUAUAUAUAUAUAUAUAUAUACUUCUGUAUAUAUAUGGCAGACUAAUGUUAUUGAAAGAACUUUACGCCAAGUGAUGGAUUGUUAUAUUCCUGUUCGCAAACUAAAUACUUUCGAAAACACGUGCUGAAAAUGAAGAAAAAAAAAAA